ACAACUAGUGAAUGUAUCGUGAGUUUUCGAACGUGCGGUAGUUUUUGGGUUUUUAGUAGUUUUAGUGUUUAUAAACAUUACCGAGAAUAAUAUGAGGUUGAAAAGACCUAGUUCAUGCUUAGUUUUGAGGAUAGUUCCAGUCACAACUCCCUCUCGAGGUCACAAAGAAUUUCAUCGAAAACACAAAGAACUAUGGGAAGAUACACUCAUGUCCGGUUUGUCAAACAAGAUUAUGCCGUCUUCACCAGCCACUCUUGCAGAUGUGGAUUCUUACCCCGCUUCGAAAGUUUUGCCCUUUUUAUACCUGGGCAACCUAAAGGAUGCAGCUGAUAUUUCAUGUCUUCGAGUAUUGGGUACCACAUGCGUAUUAAACGUUACAUCACAGUUACCAGGGUACCACGAAGAUUGUGGGAUUACGUAUAAACACAUACCUGCCACCGAUUCAGAGCAUCAAAACUUAAAACAGUAUUUCGAAGAAGCGUUCGAGUUCAUCGAAGAAGCUAGGAAGAGCGGUUCAAGAGUGCUAGUCCACUGCCAAGCAGGAAUUUCUCGUAGCGCAACUAUAGCGAUAGCUUACAUUAUGAAGUAUAAACAAAUGUCUAUGGUAGAAGCUUACAAAAAAGUGAAAGAAGCUCGCCCUAUCAUAUCGCCUAACCUUAACUUCAUGGGUCAACUAUUAGAACUGGAGCAAAAUUUACGAAACGAUAGUAAUAAUUCGAAUCACCAGUGUCAUUGGACACAAGAUGAAGUGACUCCAGGAUGUAGUGUGUAACUUAGUUUUUAUUUCUUUUGGAAGUGAAAUGGAUAUUGAGGUGCUUAGUUCUACUCUGCAUUCGAUAGUCCUCGAUUCUACAGGCAUAUAAUCAGAUAUAUGCUUAGCAAUUGCCUUUAAUGAACUAGUUUUAGGAAAAUCUAACUAUUAAAGGAUCAAAUUAAUCUCAAUCAAACGUAUUUGAUACAAUUUGGUGAAUUCAUUGUUCAAUGAUAUUUUUUAAUGUAUGAUAGACAUUCAUUGCAACGUUCUCACAUUUCAUCAUUUUUUGACCUGUUCUGUUGAGAAUUAUUGAGUGCAGAGCUUAUUUUCUUUAUAAUUGACCUAAAUAGUGAACAACUCGCCAUAGAGUUAAAAUCUAGUCUUAUCUGAUUUUGGUUAAAACGGCUGUGUACCAUUAUAGAUAUUUCAAAUACAUAUUUGCAGUGAAUCAUUAUUUUUGUGAAAUUUCUAGAACAUCAAAAUUAAAUCUACCUAUACAGCCAUAACUAAACUCACCACCCUACAUCAAAAAUUCCAACCAACACAAACCCAUUCCCAAUUAUUUAAGCUAAAAUACCCAUCACAUGCCAGAUUUUAAUCCUCCUAUAAUCAUAUAUCAGGGACACAUUUAAAAUCCUGUUAGAAGAAGAAGAAUAUUGAAUAUAUAUUUUAUUCGAGAGAAUUUUACAUAAAAUACUACUAGUUUAUUACUUCAAAUAUAAGUUUUAAAAGAAAUGAUAUCUUUCUUGGUUAGAUCUGGUGGUGCAAUUAACAUGAUAUAUUUUUAAUCAAAUAAAUUUUGCAAGUGUUUAUAAAAUUCUCUGUCGCUGUCGAAUAACUCUCACGUGGAUAAAUAAUCUUGAUCUUAUGUCUCCCUAAUGAAUAAUGUAUUAAUUUAUGGACAAUAUUUCACACAAAAUCUAAUUAAGGUUGAAACAGAUUAUCAUUUUUCAUAUCCAUAUAAUUUGACGUUGAUAACUUGCACAAUUAUAUCAAACACCACGUGAUUGUCGAAAUAAAAUCAAUUUUGACCAUUUUGACCAAAUUUCUUAUCUUUAUAUUCAUAUCACAGUUAAUAGAAUUGUCAAUUUUACCCAUUAGUUAUACAUGUAAUUAUAAAAAUUAGAAAAUCCUUGAAACCGAGUCAGAAUCAGAAACAAGAAAGCUGUUGAUAAAAAAGGCUGAACAAUUUGAUUGUACCUUAAUAUAUAUAACUAUUUCAUAAAUUUCAAUCUAACUGUGCAUAACUUAAAUUAAAGAUUGCAUAUUUUUUUGUGAUAUGACAAAUGAGAAUAAAAUUUUUUAUAAAGAGUUAUAAUAGUUUUUAUUUUGAUAAUCAUGUAUUAUUAAUUGUUCAAGUUAAGUUGGAAUUUCUGGAACCGUGGGCGAUAUUCAUACUGAACACACUGUUUACACCACCACUACAUCAACAAUCAUAAUUACACUGUCUGACGCGCGUUUCGAUAACCAAGUCAUCAUCUUCAGAGUCUGAAGGUAAACUCAGUUGGUUAUCGAAACGCGCGUCAGACACUAUAAUUGUGAGGGCUGGUGUAGUGGUGGUGGAGAUGACACAGACUUUAAGAUUUGAAAACUGUGCUGCUAAAUAUCAACAUCAACAUUAUAAGUUUUUAAAAAUAAAACAUGUUUGUUGUUUAGAACUUAUGGAAGAAUUUUACUAAAAAACAAGAACAAAAUUUACAUUCCCAGAUUCUCAUGAAAACCCCCUCUUUUUCAGGCUUCAAAAAUGGCAACAUGGUUCUUAAAUCAGCUUUCUCAGUUUCUUUACUUUUUAAAUUGAUUUUGACAAUUAAGCUGCUGUAUAACCAUUUCUCCAAUUCAAUGCUUAUCAACAUUUUUCUUGAAAUUAUUCAUGAACUUCCACUCUACCGUUUCGUUUAAUGUUGUCCUAAUUUUAAUCUGUUUGUGAAUUUGUGUAGUCUUUAUUAAACUAAAAAUCCAAGCCCAAUAUAUUGGUUUUUGUUUUUUGUUCUAACUAUAUAUAUAUAUAUAUAUAUAUAUAUAUAUAUAUAUAUAUAUAUAUAUAUAUAUAUAUAUAUAAACAUUACUGUUUUCUUGUUAUUUAUAAACCACCUCAUAGUUAAAAUCAAAAAUUUAUCACCAAAGUUUCUAAAAAUAAUAUUCAUACAACCACAAUUGAUUAUAAUUACUUCCUUUUGUUGAUAAUUUUGGGUUCCGAUAAUAAAUAUAUUAAAAUAUCCCAAAAUUUCGAUUUAUUUGUUGCUAAAUUAUUUUCUAUUGAAUAAGACCAAUAAAUGAUGAUGAGUAUACUCAUCACUGAAGUGUAUCAGUAAAUAGAAUGCAAUUAUCUAUUCUUUAUCCUCAAUAGUUGAGUCAAGCCUGACUCAGCAUUUUAAAACUACUGUAUUGAGACAAGUAUAUGAAAUAGCUUCCCAACUAUCGAAAUAACGUGAGUCCUAGAAGUUCCCUUAUAUACAAGCUUUAAGUCUUGUACUAUGCUGCACCAAUAGCAACCUGACAGAUGAUAACUGUUAUUCCACUUUCGAGUCAACCAAAGGAGAUAAAAUUUAUUGACACAACUUUGAAAAACAGAAGAGAUAUUCUUCCAAAAUACUUAGGUAAUAGUAUAAUCAUCUAUAUUUACUUUAUUUACUUUCACACAAGAUGACAAUUUGGUUGAAUAAGAUAUAUAAUUAGAGAAUUAAGAUUAUAAUUACACAAAUUGCUUAAAAGUAGUGACGAUAUUCUGGCCAGAAUAGAAGCGUUUGUCUAAUUAUAUAUGACAAAUUAUGAGUGAAAAACUCUUGAUACUUUACCCUCGUAGAUUUUUCUUACUAAAUGAAUAGUUAACUUCUUAAUUCUAAAUUAAAAAUGAUUAUAAUAUUGGAAGAAGGGAAUGUGGCCAAAAAUUUGUAUAUUUUCUUCUGGUGGUUAUAUGUUUGGUUCCAAUAAAAAUAUUAUACAUGUAUUAACAUAAUAUUUUUUUGUUAUUUAGGAACAAAUAAUGCAUUUAACGUUUUUUUGUGUACUUUCUAGCCAUAAUACAUUGAAUUGAAUAAUGUAUUUGUAACAAAGUUACUUCAUUUUUGUCCUUCAUCAAUAAUUGCUGUUCUAGCAAUAAUUGAGAAAUUUCAUUAAAGGGUAAUUAAAAUUAGUGUUCUAGGAAUUUGUCAUAUUUUGUUUAUAUGGUAUUUCUUUUCAAGCAGCUGAAAAAUGAUUUACCCUGCAUAGUAAGAUAUUGUGCUCGAAAUUUGUAGCAUUUUUAUUAUUGCGACAAUUAUUAUUUCUGUAGUAAGUUGUACAUUAUAUAAAUAUUCUAUUUAUUCACUUUGUAGUUAUUUUAUAAUUCAGAUUGUAUUUUUUUCUCCGGGUGUAAUCCGGGUACAUAAUGUUUUAAUUAAGUUCAUAUUUAGUAAGUAGUUAACGAAAUAUAAAUUUGAGAAAGGAAAUGCCAAAAUCUCAACUAAUAUUUAAAACUAACAUAGACCACCUAAUAAAAAUUGGACACCUGUAUCAAUUUCUAUAUUGAGUAGCUACAAAAUCUUAAUCUUCUACUCGUAUUCCAAAUUCAUUCAUUUGAAUUAUUUAAACUCUUAAAGCACCAUUAAGGUUUUUCUAAAAGUUGUGACUUUCUCAAAAACAAAUAUGGUAAUUAACAAUAAAAUCAAGUGUUCUCGUCGUAACAAUCUGAUUUAACAAAUUUAAAAUGGAAAGACUUGUCUAAGUAAUAUUUAGCCAUAAUAUAGUGAUAUAAUGGAGAAAUAUAAUCAUUAAACAAAUGUUGUUAAAAAGAUUUUAGAUAGAAGCGUAUUUCCCCUUGUCAGCUGGUAUUUCUCAAUGGAAAACUCCAUCCUUAUGAAUUUCUUUAUAAAUUUAGAUGUAAUUUUGUCAUAACCUGCGAUUUUCCAUUCUAUUCUUUGAUUUCUCGAAGUAUCUUUAUCUUUUAGUGGGUCUAUAUUUUCAUUUACUUCUCUCGUCUGUUUCCAUUACGUUCUUCAAUUCUCUAAAUAAUAUCUAUUUUGCAUUCUUUUCCGAGUCAUAUUAGUAGCUAAGUUGCAAUAUAAACGUUUUUCCAGUGAAUAAAUAUUGGUCUAAAUAACUCCUCUGCAGGGGAACGCGAAAGCAAAUAAUCUGGCGAAAGGGAGACUGAGAUCCCUUUCACCAGACCAGGACCUGUUUUCCAAGGGGGCGUAUGGGUAUCUCAUAUAAGCAGAAUUGAAAAUAAUAGAAAACCUCCUUAUGCACUCAUCCUCGAGAGCUAUGACCGCGAAAUAUCUAACAAAGACAUGAACCUAAGCACAGGCUUUCUUACAUGACCAUUUGACUUGAAUAAAUACCUUAAGGACGAAAAAAUGUAAAACAGGUUCUGUGGAGAUUUUAAAUACCUAAUAACUUCUUCAUACACCUAGGUAACAUUUGCCCGGGUAUUUGUGUUGACCAAGAUCGAGUACAUGCAUGCACAAACCCCUAAUGUCUGAAUCUAAAUUAUUUUUCUCUCGUAAGUCUACUUUCUAUAUCAGGGCUUCUUAAACUUUUUUAUAUAGUGACCCCCUUCAAGAAUAGGAAAUUUUAAACGACCCCCUCCUCCAUAUAAACGUUCAGUUGAAAAUCGAGGAGUGCGUUGUAUUUAUUAUUUUAAAUGCUACUUCCAUAUUUUCAUUUAUAGGCCCUACAUAACAGUUUUGCAUUGCCACUUUUUUAAAAAAAUAGUUAUAAUAAAACUACAAUAUUAUUUUGCAUGAUUUUUAUUUGUAUUUAUAUUUGUACGUAGUGUGUAUACUAAUUUUAAAAUUUUAUUUAUAAUAAUUAAAAAGUAUCAGAUCUUUGCGACCCUUUUUCAGUAGUCUCACCCACAGUUUAAGAAGCCCUGUUCUAUAUGAUAUCCAACUCUUGUUUUGUAAUUUUAUACUAUAGGUAUGUUAUUUUCAACUAAUGAACUGUUCAAUUUAUUAUAUAGUGUUAAUUAACAAUAAUAAUAUAUCAUAAAAAAAUUGUAUGAUAAAUCAAAACUAAUAUUGAAAAAUUGUUAAAGUCCAUAAAGAUUGAAAGUGUGGCAUAUCAAUUAAUAUUUAUUUCUCAAUAGCAUUCUCAUGGCCGUUGUUGAACUCGUAAUGAGAACUAUUAUUUUUGAUUUAAUUGGAUGAGGAAGAAGAUGAUACGUCUAACCAGGGUUAGUUCUGAUAAUUUGCAUUGUGAUUUUUUUAUAGGUACUAAGUUAAUUUUAGUAAGAUAGGUACAAAAAGAUGCACUUUUAAAAAUAGUUUAGUUUUAUUUCAUAAUUAAUUGAUAUUUAUUACAACUCAACGCAUAAACUUAGGUUUUGAAAAGGUGGUGAUGAUUGGUAUUUCAAUUUCACAUUUGAUCUUUAUGUUUCGUUACUGCCAUUUGUGGUACACGUCUAUUUGGUAUAAAAAAUAAAAUAGUGCGCAUCUGUUGACAUGCGGCCUAUUCCUGUGUAUUGUCUUUGAUUUCGAUAUAGUGCUCAAGUCACCAAAAACUAAAAUAACUUUGAGGGAAUAACAACUAAAUACCUGGAUAGAAUUCCCUCACCUAAUACAAUGUUUGUGAUUUGUUUGGAUAAUCGUAAAUAGGUACUGGAAUCAAGUGACUAUUUUUUAUUUCUAACAAUUGGCGCCUAAAACUUAUUUUUUUUGUCGUUAUAGACAAUUGGAGGAAAGUUUUUAUUUAUUUUAUAUAUUUUCGUUGUAAAUUUUUAUCUACACAAAAAUUGAAACUAAUUGUUUUAUUAACUAAAUCGCAUCUACUGAUCAAGCCCUUAAAAUUAUUUUUCAAGAUUAAGAAUUCACACCUUUUUCAAAGUAGUUCAGGAAAAUAACCGAAUUAUACCUGCAUCAUAGAAGUAUUGUUAUUUGCCAGUAAAACUGUGUUGAAAAUCAAUAUUAUGGAAAAAAACUCAUUUCUAGAAUAGUAAGUACCGAAAGUAAGUGACCCAUAUGUUCAGUGCAGUAAAAAGGUCUAUCACUAAAUAUGUGCCUUUAUAUUUGUAAUUCUAAACUGUGUAUAAAUUACAGACUGUAAAAAAGUGUAUGACCAUGUAAAUACAAUAAAAUGUUAUAAAGA